UGUUGUCAUUAUUUCAAUACCUGUAUAUAGAGACAAAUACUUACUGCUUAAAUACAUUGGGCUGUCAUAUGGUCUUUUGCUCAAGAUAGUAUAUCUGAAUAUUAACAUAUAGCUUUUUCGCGUCCUUAUAAAUGUGUAUGUGUGUGUGAUUCUCGAGAGGACCCCAAGUUUCGCAGAACACGUGAAGUCACUUGAAAUACUCGCUGCUAAAAAAAAAUCCAAGUCCAUCAAAAGGGAAGUUAUUCAGGAAACUAUGAGAGAUAGGACAAUCUAGUUGUAGGCAGACGUCAACCUUCUCUACGUAGCCUGGACUGUCACCAGGAGCUCGCCGUGUACGGAUUACUGAUUUGUUUGUUGUUGUGUUUUGACUCGAAGGCUCAGAGCUUCAAUGAUGCCAAUCUACCCACGACCCCUCUCCCUGGUGUUGUCACCAGCACCAUCGCCGCCCACACCUGUCGGCUUUCUGCCGAGUUACAUUUUGGGAGAGAACUACCUGACUUCUGUCUCCAGCCCAAACAGCCUGCCAUAUUACCUCCCCUCGCUCUUGCCAUACGGAUCACUCUGCUCCACUGCCACGUGGGGGGCCCAGGCCCAGCUGCAAGACUCACGCUCCGGGGAUGAGCACGCCCUGACGCCCUCUCCGCUCAGGAACCACUGGCCUGUCACAUCCUCAGGGAGGCCCUUUCUCUGGGAGAGGAGCCCGCUUGCCGGCGUGUCGACGGACCCACGAUUAGGAUUGCCAAGCAGACGUAUCACUUACGACACGCGCUACGUGCAACACGUCGCUCCAAGCCCGAAUGAUACAAGUGACAGCAGUCCAGAUACAGUGGCCGAAACCAAGCCUAAAAAGAGGCGCUUCGAUUUUUCGAGGUUGGCGGAGUCAGCCACCAGCGAUCUAGAAGGAUGCCAGUCCCCCGAGGUAGUGACGCCGCCCACCAAUCAGAUUCAGAUCAUAAGUCACGUGAUGGGACUGGAAGAAAACAUCCGGCUGCUGAGAGAGAACUACCGCCAGGUGAUGAGCGCGGGCGCCUUGGUGGAUACACCCUUAAGACACCCCCAGUGCACUGGGGAAAAACUGAAAAUCAGGAGGCCUAGAAGAACCAAGAAAGAAUUUAUCUGCAAGUACUGUGGCCGCCAGUUUAGCAAGAGUUACAACCUGUUGAUCCACGAGAGGACGCACACGGACGAGAGGCCGUACCCUUGUGAGAUUUGCAACAAAGCUUUCAGGAGGCAGGAUCAUUUGCGUGACCACCGAUACAUCCAUUCAAAAGAAAAGCCUUUUAAGUGCGACAUAUGUGGCAAAGGUUUUUGUCAGUCCAGAACUUUGGCAGGGCACAAGGCCACUCACGGUUCAGGCCAUGAUUACGUCACAGAGAGGAAGGCAUUCAGCACUCAGCGCCUGCACUCUGCGACAUUCGCAUCCAAUGAGCAGCAGCCUGUUGAGGAAAUGAAAUCCAUUGAGUUGGCGAUCAAGACGGAGCCCGUGCAGUUGCCAACUCCAGAUACUAAACUGUCUCAAACGAAAAGCUUCACGAUGGAUACAAUCCUGAGCACCGUGGACAGCAAGGCCAUAUUAUCCAAUCAUGGAUAAUCCAAUCAUAGAUAACCCAAUCAUGGAUAAUCCAGCCAAAGAUAGUCCAAACAUGGAUAA